AUGCCCUCUUCUACUCGUUCUAAUCAUUGUAUUUUUUUUCUUUUCUUUCCCAAUUGUUGCAUCCUUUCCUUUUUCUUAGAUGUUUUUAUUUGUUUCUUUCUUCCUUGCUUCACAAAUUAUUUUCCACUCAUUUUCUUUUCCUUCUUUUUUCUUUUCUUUCUUUUUUCUUUCCGAUUCUUUCUUUCGUUUUCUUUAGCGAUUCUUUCUUUUUUCUUUCUUUUUCUUUCUUUGUUCUUUCAUUCUUUCCGUCAUUUUUAUUUCUUUUUACGCUUAAAUCUUUUCUUCCGAUCUUUUCCCAUUCAUAAAUUUCUUUCUUUCUUUCUUUCUUUCUUUCUUUCUUUUCCAAAUUCUCUCCAUCAAUUCCUUUUUCUUUCUAUUAAUUUCUUCCAUGUUCUCUCAUUCUUGCACCAGAACCUUCAAUUUUUCUUUUAUUUUUUCCUGACUUUAAAAUAUAACUCAGUUGCCGUCCUUUCUUAUCUGUUUAGUUUCCUUUUCUCUUUCUUUUUCCUUCUCCUAUCGUUUUAUUUUUUAUUUCUCUCUUUGAAUCCUAUUUCUUUCUUUCUAUCUUUCUUUCUUUUUUUUCUUUUUUCUUUCUUCCUUUCUUUCUUUCUUUCUUUAUUUUCUUUUGUGGUUGUUAAGGUCAACUUUAUUCACUCUUUCCUUUUGUCUUUGUUGUUUUAUUGUUCAUUUUCAUUAUUUGUUUGUUUGUUUCUUUCCUUCUUUUCCUUCAUUUUCUUUCCUUCAUUUAUUUUUCUUUCUUUCUUUCUUUACGACGAUUUUUUUCUUUUUAUUUUGUCGGACUUUUUUUUUCUUUCUUUGCUAUUAAUCUUUAUUUUUUGCUAUCAAUUUCUUUCUUUCUAUCGGCUAUUUUCUUUCUUUUUUCUUUCUUUUUUUUCUUUCUUUUUUUUCUUUCUUUUUACUCUUUUCUUUUGUCUUUGUUUUUUUUUAUUGUUCAUCUUCAUUAUUUGUUUUUGCGUCUUUCUUUCUUUUUCUUCAUUAUUUUUUGUCGUUAUUAUCGGCCAUUUUCUUUCCUUCAUUCAUUUUUCUUUCUUUCUUUCUUUACGACGAAAUUUUUCUUUUUCUUUUUGUCGGCUGUUUUCUUUUCUUUCUUUCUUUGCUACUAAUCUUUAUUUUUUGCUAUCAAUUUCUUUCUAUCUAUCGGCUAUUUUCUUUCUUUCUUUUUUCUUUCUUUUUUUUUACUUGUCCUUCCAUUUGCUCAAAGCAAAAAAAGGAAAACAAAAAAACUAG